AUGGCGACAUUUCCCGAUGCGGAAGUACCUGACCACUCGACGUCGGCCCGUUCAAGCCCAAGCGACAAUGGCGAAGAAGCCACAUAUUCGCCCAUUCGCAUUCAAAGCGGCUCGUCUCAUGGGCAAAAAGGAAAAGGGCAAAGAGAAGAGAAUAUUUCAUGCCCGCAAUCCGCCGAAGAUGACGGCAACAAUGACUUGUGUCAAAUGCUAUCGCGAAAACUCACCAGCAACUCGAACGUUGGCGGGGGAGAGGAAAGUGAAGAAUGGGCAGAAAUCGAGCGUCUAAUGUCGCGCAUGUUUGGCCGUGAAAGGAAGGAGCAGUCGGCAGAAGAGCAAUCAAGACAUUCCGGCGUUGUCUGGAAGAAUUUGAAUGUGAAAGGUGCUGGGUUGGGCGCUGCUUUGCAACCUACAGUUGGCGAUAUCUUUCUUGCGCUGCCUAGGCUGGUCAAGGGCUUCCUUAGCCGCGGUAGAAAGGGAGCUGGGAAGAAUGUUCCUGUAAAGACGAUUUUGCAUGAUUUUACUGUAAUUGGUAAUCAGAGAGCUGGUUAUGAAGCAAUUGAGGGAGACGUCUCAUAUGGAGGAGCAGACCCAACCACCAUGGCCAAGAAUUACCGUUCAGAGGUAUCAUAUAACCCCGAGGAGGAUUUGCAUUACGCAACCCUCACCGUAAAGCAAACACUGUCCUUUGCCCUCCAGACUCGAACUCCUGGCAAAGAAUCCCGUAAUCCAGGCGAAUCGCGAACGGAUUACCAAAAGACCUUUCUCAAUGCCAUCACAAAGCUCUUCUGGAUAGAGCACACUAUGGAUACGAAAGUGGGCAAUGAACUCAUCCACGGUAUCUCCGGCGGAGAAAAGAAACGAGUAUCCAUUGCCGAAGCUAUGAUCACAAAGGCAUCUACCCAAUGCUGGGAUAACUCUACCAAGGGACUUGACGCUAGUACCGCACUGGAGUAUGUCCAGAGUCUACGCAGUCUUACGAACAUGGCCCAAGUCUCGACUUUGGUUGCUCUAUAUCAAGCGGCCGAAAGCUUGUAUCGUCUCUUCAACAAAGUCGUGCUGAUUGAGGAAGGCCGAUGUGCGUAUUAUGGUCCAAUAGACAUGGCGAGAGAAUAUUUUGAGAACAUGGGGUUUGAGUGUCCUCCGCGAUGGACGACGCCGGAUUUUCUAACCUCUGUUAGCGAUCCACAUGCUCGCCGUGUCAAAGCUGGGUGGGAAGAUCGGAUUCCGCGUACGGCAGAGGAGUUUGAGAGUAUCUAUCUCAAGAGUGACCUACAUCAGGCUGCGCUUAAAGAUAUUGAUGACUUUGAGCAGGAGCUAGCAAAACAAGAAAAGGAACGCGAAGCUAUUCGUGACAAGAUCAAGCGAAGAAACUUCACUCUUCCAUUCCAUAAACAAGUACUAGCCCUUACCAAGCGGCAAUUCCUUGUCAUGAUAGGUGAUAAGCAGUCGUUGUACGGGAAAUGGUGUAUGAUUGUAUUUCAGGCCUUAAUUGUGGGAAGUCUGUUUUACAAUCUUCAGCCAAAUAGCGCUGGCGUAUUUCCUCGUGGAGGCGUCAUGUUCUAUAUCCUCCUUUUCAACGCCCUCCUCGCUUUGGCUGAACUCACUGCAACAUUCUCCAGUCGGCCAAUUCUGCUAAAACAUAAAGCUUUCUCAUUCUACCGACCGUCGGCAUAUGCUCUAGCUCAAGUGGUUGUCGACAUGCCACUGAUUGCAGUCCAGGUUACCGUCUUUGACCUUAUUGUAUACUUUAUGUCUAAUCUCUCACGGACACCGUCUCAGUUUUUCAUAAACCUUUUGAUCCUGUUUGUUCUAACAUUGACUAUCUACUCUUUCUUCCGAAGUAUAGGCGCUCUUUGCUCCUCUCUGGACGUUGCUACUCGAAUCACCGGUGUUGCUUUGCAGGCUUUAAUUGUGUAUACUGGAUAUUUGAUUCCACCCUGGAAGAUGCACCCGUGGCUCAAAUGGCUUAUAUGGAUUAACCCCGUACAGUAUGCCUUUGAAGCCUUGAUGAGUAACGAAUUCUACAACCUCAAUAUCCAAUGUAUCUCGCCUUCCCUAGUUCCUGGAGGGCCGGAUGCCACUCCACAGCAUCAAAGCUGCUCUAUUCAAGGAAGCCAGCCCGACCAAACAGUUGUAAGGGGCAGCGACUAUAUUGAAGCAGCUUACACAUAUUCCAGAAGCCAUUUAUGGAGAAACUUCGGAAUCAUCAUUGCCUGGCUCAUAUUCUUUGUCGUCUUGACAAUGAUCGGAAUGGAGUUGCAGAAGCCAAAUAAAGGCGGGAGCUCUGUGACUAUAUUCAAACGAGGUCAAGUACCCAAGAGUAUUGAUGAUGCUAUCAAAAACAAGACAACAGCCGGAGAUGAGGAAGCUACAGACAGAAUCCAGGAUGGUAGCGUCAACAAUGAUACUAACGAUGGAUCUGCUGAUGAUGAGAAAAGCGUUGAAGGUAUUGCAAAAAACACUGCAAUAUUCACCUGGCAGCAUGUAAACUACGAUAUCCAAACGAAAGGUGGGCGAAAACGGCUUCUGAGUGAUGUUCAGGGUUAUGUUAAGCCUGGCCGUCUGACUGCCAUGAUGGGCGCAUCUGGCGCUGGUAAAACUACUCUCCUCAACGUAUUAGCGCAAAGGGUGAACGUCGGAAUUGUACAGGGAGAUUUCUUUAUUAACGGCCGAUCAUUACCCAAAAGCUUCCAGCGAGCAACAGGAUUUGCAGAGCAAAUGGACGUUCACGAGUCCACUGCAACAGUCCGCGAAUCUUUAAGAUUCUCCGCAAAACUACGCCAGCCACGUGAAGUCCCCCUACAAGAGAAAUACGACUACUGCGAGAAAAUAAUCGACUUACUAGAAAUGCGACCCAUCGCGGGCGCAACUGUCGGCGCUGGGGGGUCAGGUCUAAACCAGGAACAACGCAAACGUCUCACCAUCGGAGUUGAGCUCGCAAGUAAACCGGAAUUACUUCUUUUCCUCGACGAGCCAACAUCUGGCCUGGACUCCCUUGCAGCGUACAAUAUUGUGCGGUUUCUUCGCCGUCUUGCUGAUGCGGGCCAGGCUGUGUUGUGUACGAUACAUCAGCCAUCGGCAGUGCUCUUUGAGCAGUUUGAUGAUCUCUUGUUGCUAAAGAGUGGAGGCUGUGUGGUUUACGAUGGUGAAUUGGGUUCGGAUUCUCGUGCUCUGAUUGAUUAUUUGGAGCGCAACGGUGGGAAACCAUGUCCCAAGGAUGCAAAUCCUGCAGAGUACAUGCUAGAGGUCAUUGGAGCCGGAGAUCCAAAUUAUAAAGGUAAGGACUGGGGUGACGUCUGGGCAAACUCCGAGGAAUGUAAAGCUCGCACAAGAGAGAUUGAAGAAAUCGUUCGCUCCAGACGUGAUGAGACAGCCGGUCAAGAAGCCACAGAUGAUAGGGAAUAUGCUAUGCCCGUUUGGACGCAGAUAUCAGCAACUACCAAGCGUUCCUUUGUUGCAUAUUGGAGGUCGCCUGAAUAUAUCAUUGGGAAAUUCAUGCUGCAUAUAUUUACUGGCCUCUUCAACACAUUCACAUUCUGGAAGGUCGGGCAAAGUUACAUUGACAUGCAGUCGAGACUUUUCUCUGUCUUCAUGACCUUAACCAUCUCGCCCCCGCUCAUUCAACAGCUACAACCCCGAUAUCUGCAUUUUCGGAAUCUGUACGAAUCCCGCGAGGCCAAAGCAAAAAUCUACUCCUGGCCAGCCUUUGUGGUGAGCGCAAUCCUGCCAGAGAUACCUUAUUCACUAGUGGCAGGAUCCAUCUACUUCAACUGCUGGUACUGGGGUAUUGGAUACCCUCGCGAUUCCUUCACGAGCGGGUUUACCUACAUUAUGAUUCUCCUGUUUGAACUGUACUAUGUCUCGUUCGGCCAAUUUAUCGCAGCUUUGUCUCCAAACGAAUUGUUUGCCUCGCUCAUCGUGCCGGCUUUCUUCACCUUCGUUGUCUCCUUCUGCGGUGUGGUGGUUCCUUACUUCGGCCUUCCAAGCUUUUGGAGGGCGUGGAUGUACUGGCUUACCCCAUUUCACUAUUUGCUGGAGGCACUUCUGGGUGUUCUAGUGCAUGGACAACCAGUUCGAUGCGUAGCACGCGAGGAAGCGAGGUUUACGCCGCCCUCUGGAAUGACUUGUCAGAGUUAUGCCGGCGCUUAUACAGCACAAGCAGGAGGUUAUGUGGAAGACGUGGGUAACGGGAUGUGUGCAUUUUGCGCAUAUUCCACUGGUGAUCAGUUUGCCGCCAGUUUCAACGUGUUUUACUCGAAUAAAUGGCGUGAUUUUGGCAUUUUCUGGGGCUAUAUUGUAUUCAAUUUUUCCGUCAUAUUCUUCCUAUCAUGGCUAUACCUUCACGGCGUUCAGGAAAUUAAGAAAGCUCUCAGUGUGCGGAAAGCAAAGGCCAAAGGCAAUCAGUUGCAUGAGAAGACUCGACCAGAAUCGUCGUCUUCGUCAAAUCUGCCAUGA